AUGAAUGGCGAGGCUAAGUUUGAGCACUUCCCGAGCAAAUGGAGCAUCAGUGUCGCAAACGAAGCAGCAAACGAAGAAGAAAACAAACCACAAGGGUUUGGGAGCAAGGCUGCUCAAGAAGCCAAGGCAGCUGCCGAAACCCUCGGAAGCACCACCUUCGGAUCGUCUGCUGAUGAUAAGAAAAACGAUGGGGGAGAAGAAGAGGACGAUGAUUGGUGA